AAUUUUUAGAAGAUAGUGUUACAAAUAGAUUAUUGCUUUGACGGUUUCCUUAUAUCUACAUAUCUGUGAAAGAAGAACAUUGAAUAGUGUUGAAGAUUAAUGAGAGCAUCCGAUACGCGGAUUGAAAAACAAGGUCAUUGAAAUGAUAAAACAUGAAUAGAGUGAUUUAAGUAUAAAUAUAACACCAGAAUGAAGUGAAUCCAUAGUGUUUGUCUUUAUACAAGAAACAUGCUUCGUUUAAUAAAGCAUAAGUUGUGCAAAGUACGUAUCGAUUAUGCUAGAUUCUUACCGAUGAAGAUGAUGCAUUCACCACCUAAAGUACAACUACCGGACUAUGCGGAUGUUGUGAUAAUAGGUGGUGGUAGCGCAGGUUGCAACGCUCUUUAUCACUUAGGAAAAUGCGGUGUUAAUGCUGUAUUGUUAGACAAAUCUAAAUUAACAUCUGGCACUACAUGGCACACUGCUGGCCUUAUAUGGAGUGUACGUAGUCCAAGUGACGUUGAAAUGGAACUGCUGAGGGUUACAAGAAAUGUUCUUAACUCGUUGGAAGAAGAAACUGGAAUAAAUCCAGGAUGGACAAAUAACGGUGGACUUUACAUUGCUCAGAGUAAUGAACGAUUGGACGAAUAUAAACGAUUGAUUACUGGUUCCAAAGCUUUUGGUAUUGAAGCAAAUCUUAUUUCCCCGCAAGAAGCAAAGAAAUUAUUUCCAUUACUUGAUGAAAAUAGUUUUCAAGGAGCUGUUUAUUGCACCGACGAUGGCGGUAUCGACCCUACUAUGUUAAUAAAUGCUUUAACAAAAUCGGCAAGAAAUAAUGGUUGUCAGUUCAUAGAAGAAUGCCCUGUGACAAAAAUACUUACAGAGCCUACUGUAAGUAAUAAAAAAGUUUGCGGAGUAGAGACACCAUAUGGAAUUAUAAAGACCGAUGUUGUUCUUAAUGCUGCCGGAGUUUGGUCAAAAGAUACAGUUAAAAUGGUUGGAAUGGAUAUUCCUUUGAUACCAUUUAAGCAUGCUUACAUUAUUACCGAACCCAUAACAGGAGUACAGAAUCUUCCGAAUGUCAGAGAUCUUGAUGCUGAUGUAUAUUUUCGAAUGCAGGGAAGCUCUAUGGCUAUAGGUGGUUAUGAACAAAAUCCAAUUAUGUUAGAUUCAGUACCAGAAAACUUCUCAUUCGGUCUCUACGAAUUGGAUUGGAAUGUCUUUGAUACUCAUCUAAAAUCGAUGAUUCGUUUGAUUCCUCAGUUAUCAACGACCGGAAUAAAAUCCACUAUAUGUGGUCCAGAAAGCUUUACACCUGACCAUAAACCGAUCAUGGGUGAGGAUCCUCAGUGUUAUGGAUUGUUUCACUCUUGUGGUUAUAACAGUGCUGGAAUGAUGUUUGGGGGUGGAUGUGGAGAACAAAUUGCACACUGGAUAAUCAAUGGUCGGCCCGACAAGCAUAUGUUCAGCUAUGAUAUAAGAAGAUUUACUCCAGAACAGAGAAACAAUUUAGCUUGGGCAAGUGAGAGGUCUCACGAGGCAUAUGCGAAAAAUUAUAAUGUUAUAUUUCCAUACGAUGAACCCCUAAGUGGUAGAAAUCUAAAAACAAGUCCUUUUCACGAUCAACUUGUUAACAGGGGUGCCGUUAUGGAAGAACGUCAAGGUUGGGAACGACCUGGAUGGUUUUCUUUAAACAAAAAGAUAGAAAUCAUGCCAUACGAUUACGGUGGAUAUUAUGGAAUGCCGAAAAACAAAAAUGACAAAUAUCGCGAAAUACUAGAAAAGGAAUACAAUUUUCAGAUUUCACCGUAUGAUAACAUAGUUCGAGAAGAAGCUCUUGCGUGUCGAACAAAUGCUGCUCUGUUUGAUAUGUCUUAUCUUGGAAAAUUCUACCUCUGUGGACCGGAUGUCCAAAAAGCUGCAGAUUAUUUAUUUACAGCAAACACAAAUUGCGAUUUCAACAAAACAGUUUAUACUUGUAUGUUGAAUCAUGCCGGAGGAGUAGAAAUGGACUGUACGGUUACAGUAAUGGAGCCUGGCUCGGGUGGAAUUGUAAAUCCGAUAUUUAAAGAAAGAGCAUUUUACAUCGUUUCGGGUGGUGUAGCAGCGUAUCAUACCUGGGCUCACAUGAACAAAGUGAUACAAGAAAAGGGUUUUGACGUGUCUUUACACGACGUUACAGAACAAAUUGGAAUUUUAUCUGUGCAAGGUCCGAAUAGCCAAAAAAUAGUGGAAUCAUUAAUAGGAAAUGAAAUCUCGGACGAAUCUUUGAAAUUUUCAACCACAAAAUUGGUAAAAGUAAAGAAUGAAACUGUCCGUUUAAUUAGACUUAGUUUCGUUGGCGAACUUGGUUUUGAAUUGCACAUUCCAAAAUCAUCCUGUCAAGAGGUUUAUACAGCUUUAAUAAAAUGUAGCGAACCAUACAAGAUGAAACUUGCUGGAUAUAGAGCUUUGGACAGUCUUAGCUGUGAGAAAGGAUAUCUUCUAUGGAAUUCAGAUCUUAGAGUAGACGAUAAUCCCAUAGAAGCCGGAUUAGGAUUUGCUUGUCGCAAUUUUGGUAAAUAUUUGGGAAAGACGGUAGUUGAUCGGUUACGAAAAAUUGGAAUUAAAAAGAGGCUAGUACAUGUCCAUGUAAAUAGUAAUGUUCCAUUGUGGGGUUUAGAAGCGAUUUACAGAGAUAACCGUGUUGUUGGUUAUUUACGAAGAACAGAACGAGGAUACAGUUGCGAGAAAGCUAUAGGGCAUGGGUAUGUCAAGCAUCCAGAUGGGGAAAAUGUAACAAAAGAAUUUUUAGAAAGUGGUAAUUAUGAAAUCGAAGUUAUGGGGAAGCGAUAUUCUUUGGACCUUUAUCUCCGAAGUCCGUUUGACCCUCAGAAUCAAAGAUUAUUGGGAAUAUAUGAAAAUAAAUUUGAUUCUAAAUCUUAGGAGAGUAUAAAAAAUUAAAGACUUUAAUUGAUUUACUGGAAGUUUUUCCAGUUGUUCAAGAGUUUCUAAACCAUCUAUCACCCUAAAAACAACAACAAAUUUACUGAUUGUGAGUAUACCAA